AUGGCUACAGCAUUGGUGGGGACACUCGCGGCUUUUGACAGCCAGAGUCAAGCCUGGGAGGAGUACAUCGAGGUGAUGGAACAUUUUUUUGUGGCAAAUGAGAUCACGGAAGCUGAAAGAAAGCGGGCUAUAUUGUUGAGCUCAGUGGGCAGCCGGACAUAUAGUUUAAUGAGAAACUUGUUAAGCCCGGAGAAGCCCGGUGAUAUGUUGUAUGAUGACUUAACUGACCUGCUGCAGUCACACUACAACCCAAAGCCCAGUGAGAUAGUCCAACGAUUCAAGUUUAACUCGAGGACGAGGGCGGUGAAUGAGACUGUGACGGAGUAUGUAGCGGUGCUGCGGGAGCUGGCUCAACACUGCAACUACGGGGAUAAGCUGAAAGAGAUGCUGCGGGACAGGCUCGUGUGCGGCAUUGCGGAUGACCGCAUCCAGCGGAGAUUGUUGGCAGAGCCAGAUCUGACUUUUGAGCGGGUGCUGAAGGUCGCGCAAGCCAUAGAGACUGCAAGCAGGGACGUGCGCGACCUGCAGCUGCAACCGAAAACGAUGGACAAGCAGAAACAGACAACGCUGCAAGAGGUGUUAAGCGAGAACAAGGACGUUUUCAAAGAGGAACUGGGAACGUGGAGGGGCCCCCCAGCAAAAAUAUACGUAAAAGAAGGAGUUGCUCCAAAAUAUUAUAAACCCCGCCCAGUCCCUUAUGCCAUGAGAAAGAAGGUGGAAGGCGAGUUGCAGAGACUCACAAAUCAAGGGAUAAUCGAGCCAGUGAAGUUUUCUGAGUGGGCCGCGCCGAUUGUUCCUGUAUUGAAGCCAGACAACUCAGUGCGCAUCUGUGGAGAUUACAAGCUCACAGUCAACCUGGUGUCAAAGUUAGAACAAUAUCCAAUACCAAAGCUGGAGGAUUUGUUCGAAAAGUUGUCUGGUGGUGAAAAGUUCAGUAAACUGGACUUAAGCCAUGCAUAUCAACAGGUGAUCUUAGAUGAAACAUCAAAGCCUUAUGUCACCAUUAACACACAUAAAGGUCUGUUUCAGGUGAACCGUCUGCCUUUUGGAGUUUCUUCCAGUCCAGCCAUAUUUCAGAGACUGAUGGAGAGUCUGGUGGCUGGCAUUCCAAAUGUAGAAGUAUAUUUGGAUGACAUUUUGUUGACAGGCCAAAGUGACCAAGAACAUCUGGCAUCUGGCAUCUGGCAAGAGUUUUUAGGGUAUAAAGUGGAUGCCUCAGGACUUCACCCUCUACCACAUAAGGUCAGUGCAAUACAGAAAGCACCAGCACCCACUAAUGUCACUGAACUGCGUGCGUACCUGGGGCUGCUCAAUUAUUACAAUAGAUUCCUGCCAAACUUGUCGACAUUGUUAGCUCCCUUGCAUGAACUGUUGAAAAAAGAGACAAAAUGGAAAUGGGCGACAGAACAAGAGAGAGCGUUUGAAGACUCAAAACGCCUCAUGCAAUCUUCUGAAGUUUUAGUGCAUUAUGACAGUCAAAAAGACUUGAUCCUGUCCUGUGAUGCUUCGCCCUAUGGAGUGGGGACGGUGUUGUCUCACCGAAUGCCGGGUGGACAAGAGCGACCAAUCAGCUUUAUGUCAAGGACGCUGACAUCAGCUGAAUCCAACUACUCACAAUUGGACAAAGAGGGCUUGGCAGUGAUGUUUGGCAUUCAGCGCUUCCACAAAUACUUGUAUGGGAGGAAGUUUGUCAUUUGCACCGAUCACAAACCCUUGUUAUCCCUCUUUAAUGAGAUGAAGGCUGUGCCUAACAUGGCAUCUCCUCGUAUUCAGCGAUGGGCUGUAACGCUGAGAGCGUAUGAAUACGAGAUAAUUUACAAACCGGGGAAACAUCAUGGUAAUGCAGAUGCCAUGAGUCGCCUGCCUCUGCCGCAACCUGCAGCCAUGGUUGAGCAGGAGGAAAGAGUGCUCAUGAUGGAGACUGUAACUCUCGUAUGGACAAAUAGAGACCCUGUAUUGUCCAGAGUGGCACAGUUUAUCCAACAUGGCUGGUCAAUGCACGACUUAGAUCCAGGUUUCCAACCUUAUUCUGUAAGAAAAACAGAGUUAAGUGUACAAGAUGGGUGUGUAUUGUGGGGGUCACGUGUUGUGGUGCCCCCACCAGGGCGGGAGGCCAUGUUACAGCAAUUACAUCAUGGUCACAUUGGCAUCACUAGGAUGAAAGCUCUGGCACGGAGCUACUUCUGGUGGCCAAAAUUGGAUGCAGACAUUGAGACUGCAGUUAAAAGUUGUGUCACAUGCCAAGAACACCGUAACCUGCCUGCUCCAGCACCACUUCACCCGUGGGAGUGGCCAAGUAAACCAUGGCAGAGAUUACACAUUGACUAUGUGGGACCUUUUAUGGGACACAUGUUUCUGAUCCUGAUGGACGCGCAUUCAAAGUGGAUGGAUGCUUAUCCUGUAACAACCUCCACCUCAACCAUCACAAUUGAAUGCCUGCGAAAGAGCUUCAGUAGUCAGGGGAUACCAGAGACAAUUGUGUCAGAUAAUGGCUCAUGUUUUGUGAGUGCGGAAUUCAAAGACUUUCUCGAAAAAAAUGGUAUUGAGCACAUCACAUCUGCGCCAUAUCAUGCGUCAUCCAACGGCUGUGCGGAGCGCGCAGUCCAGACCUUCAAGGCGAUGUUGAAAAAGGCAGUCCCGUUCUUAUAA